AUGGAGGCGCGCGGGGAGCUGGGCCCGGGCCGCGAGUCGGCGGGUGGCGACCUGCUGCUGGCGCUUCUGGCGCGGAGGGAGGACCUGCGCCGAGAAAUCCCGCUGUGUGCAGGCUGCGACCAGCACAUCCUGGACCGCUUCAUCCUCAAGGCACUGGACCGCCACUGGCACAGCAAGUGUUUGAAGUGUACUGACUGCCACGCGCCCCUGGCCGAGCGCUGCUUCAGCCGCGGGGAGAACGUCUACUGCAAGGACGACUUCUUCAAGCGAUUCGGAACCAAGUGCGCCGCGUGCCAGCUGGGCAUCCCGCCCACGCAGGUGGUGCGCCGCGCCCAGGACUUCGUGUACCACCUGCACUGUUUCGCCUGCGUCGUGUGCAAGCGGCAGCUGGCCACGGGGGACGAGUUCUACCUCAUGGAAGACAGCCGACUCGUGUGCAAGGCGGAUUAUGAGACGGCCAAGCAGCGCGAGGCCGAGGCCACGGCCAAGCGGCCACGCACGACCAUCACGGCCAAGCAGCUGGAGACGCUGAAGAGCGCCUACAACACGUCGCCCAAGCCCGCGCGCCACGUGCGCGAGCAGCUCUCGUCGGAGACCGGCCUGGACAUGCGCGUAGUGCAGGUGUGGUUCCAGAACCGCCGCGCCAAGGAGAAGCGGCUCAAGAAGGACGCGGGCCGGCAGCGCUGGGGCCAGUACUUCCGCAGCAUGAAGCGUGCCCGCGGCGGCCCCAAGUCGGACAAGGACAGCGUGCAGGAGGAGGGGCAGGACAGCGACGCCGACGUCUCGUUCACCGAUGAGCCAGCCGUGGCCGAAAUGGGCCCUGCCAAUGGCCUCUAUGGAAGCCUGGGGGAGUCCACCCCGGCCUUGGGCAGGCCCGCGGGAGCCCCAGGCAGCUUCCCGCUGGAGCACGGAAGCCUGGCCGGCCCGGAGCAGUACCGCGAGCUGCGCCCCGGCAGCCCCUAUGGUGUCCCCCCAUCGCCAGCUGCCCUGCAGAGCCUCCCUGGCCCCCAGCCCCUUCUCUCUGGCUUAGUAUACCCGGAUGCCGGCUUGGGCCUGGUGCCUGCGGGGGCCCCAGGUGGGCCCCCACCCAUGAGGGUGCUGGCGGGAAACGGACCCAGCUCCGACCUAUCCACAGGGAGCAGCGGGGGCUACCCCGACUUCCCUGCCAGCCCCGCCUCCUGGCUGGAUGAGGUGGACCACGGCCAGUUCUGACCGAGGCCCC